AUGGAGAGUUUAAAGGGGAACAGAUUCUUCACAGAUGGAAAUAUUCUGAAACCAAAGAUACCUGACCUAACGAAUCAGAAACCAAAGAGAGCUGACAUUCCGAAUGAGAAACCAAAGACAACUGACAUAGCGAAUCAGAAACCAGAGAUAGCUGACAUAGCGAAUCAGAAACCAGAGAUAGCUGACAUAGCGAAUCAGAAACCAGAGAUAGCUGACAAACCAAAGAUAACUGACAUAGCGAAUCAGAAACCAGAGAUAGCUGACAUAGCGAAUCAGAAACCAGAGAUAGCUGACUUACCGAAUCAGAGACAAGAGAUAACUGAUUUAGCGAAUCAGAGACAAGAGAUAACUGACUUAGCGAAUCAGAAACCAGAGAUAGCUGACAUAGCAAAUCAGAAACCAGAGAUAGCUGACAUAGCGAAUCAGAAACCAAAGAUAGCUGACAUAGCGAAUCAGAAACCAGAGAUAGCUGACAUAGCGAAUCAGAAACCAGAGAUAGCUGACUUACCGAAUCAGAGACAAGAGAUAGCUGACUUAGCGAAUCAGAAACCAGAGAUAGCUCACUUACCGAAUCAGAAACCAGAGAUAACUGACUUACCGAAUUAG